CUUUAACAAAACUGAGACCAAAACACACGACAAACAUCUCUCACAGCAUCACAAAAUGAAGACUUUAUCACCCCUUUCCUUCUUGGCGCUUUCUAUUGCAGCCUUUUGUGGAGUUAUUGCCACACCGUUAGAUCAUGCUGAUACUCCGUCCCUCAAACUUGUGACAAGGGAGGGGCUUGUUGAAAGAGAGGAUUGCUAUGGUCCCGAGCUCCCGGAGUCUACUCCUAUUGACGGCGUCCUCGGCGGCACAACCGAUUCAGGAAGUGCGCUAGAAAAGCGAGAUAAUUACAAUGGGGCUUGUAAUACCAACGGAGUUUGCACGGUGUACUGGAGAGACGGCAACUUCUGCAACUCUGGUAUUUGCUACUGUUCUCAGUAUUCACAGACAAUGGCGGUUGCUAUUGCACAUAAGCGCUUCGAUCCCUGA